AUGGAAGUUGGAGAAGUCGAGGCGUUUUGGAGAACCAAAUUUUCGAUUCCAUUGAAAGACGUCGUCAAUGAGACAAAAGACAUUAUCCCCCCUAUGAUAUGCCCGAAACAAAAUGACAACAAAAGAAGAGAGAUUAUAUACCGAUGCAAAACGUGUGCGAAAUCGAACUCGUCGUGUAUCUGCUCGUUAUGCUUUUCGGAAGGAAAUCACGUUGGACACGAUUACUAUGCGUACGCGACAUCGGGGACGUUCACGUGCGACUGUGGAAAUACGGAGGCGUGGAAGUCGUCGGGAUUUUGUAAACGUCACGGCGUCCCAUUCAACGGGGAUUUGGAGGAGAAAAUACCAGAAAAGUACAAGAGAAUAGGAGACAUCAUUGUUGACUUUCUUAACCAAAUUGUUUCUGCUAAAGAUCCACUCGACGAUACCCAAGUUGAGUUGUGCACUCUUCAAUAUCUCAUCAAGUCAAAUCUCUUCUUUUUGCUUGUGGCGGAAAAGUGCAACACACCAACGAAAAAUGAAAGAUCUCCGUUGGCGAAAGAGUUUGGGAGAGAUUUGUGCUACUUUGAACUUCUGUUUGAAGUGUGCUUUACAGUAGAACUUAAAACAGACUAUUUGAGGGACUUUCUUGUCAAGUACAUCUCUCGAAUGGAUUUAUUCAAAUUCCCAACGUUUACUAUCCUCCACCUCACAUUGAAUCUUUUGAAAAACGAUUUUCCAAUUAAAAAUCUUCUUCAAGACUUCGUGUUUAGUUUCAUAUCGACACAUCCAAAUGAUUUGGUCAACGACUUUUUCAAAACAAAUCUCUUUGUUAAGUUACUUGAACAUUCACAAGACAUUUACACGUCGAUUUACAAAAACACAAAAGUAAUUGAAAUACCUCCAAAGGUCGGGUGGAACGAGAAACAAGUCGACAACUUUGUGGACUUCGUUGUUUGGUUUAUUGAAGAACAUCCCGUGACACAUAACAUCGAAUUUUCAAAAGAAGUCUUUGAGAAAAUCAUUGCAGUACUCAAAAUCACAUCUAACGUCCUUCCCAUUAUGAUCAAAACUGGAGAUCACGUGGAGUACGACAAUAUGUUCUUUGAAAUGACUUCGUUUUAUAUGGAAAAUGCGUUGGAUUUUGCAUUUGUCAUCCGAGAUUUGGCAACAACAGAGAAUUUGAAACGCAACUUUGAAUAUAUCCACGACGAAGUGAUGAAAGUGGUGAGGAAGUAUUUGGUGGAUGUUCCCGUCAUAGAAGUUAACAAUGUAAAAGUUCACAAACGACUUUGUGGGGAGAAUCAACCUGUUUCCCCGAUAUCAAAUGUAUUGUCGUUUUACACCUACGUCUUACUGAGAUUACAUCAAGACAGCUGCGUACCAAAAAUUGAGAAAACAGACGCCGAGUUGUUGGUUGAACAUGUUAUUUUGUCACGAGUAUUUGUGAGUCAGUUUAUUCAGCGCGAUUGGGUUCGUAACGGUUCUGACGCCGAGCAACAAUUUUCGACGUAUGUUUCACUGUUUUAUGAGAAGACCUUUUUACUCGAUUUGACAUUAGUCCAAUUUUUACUUCCAAUUGUCGGGGUGAAAUUUUUCAUUUCGACUUGCGUUACGAUGUUUAAACUCAUCAACUUCUCGGACAAAACUUUGUACACAUACGCCGACGUUAAUUUCAGUCCAAUUAACUUCUAUGAGAUGAUGCGAUUUGUUGUUGAAAUAUGCCGGUGUCAGAAAAUAACCAACACCAAAGUAACAGACGGCGAUUGGUUCCAAAUUAUUAUCGCACAAUUCACAGCAGCGGGAAUCACAAACCCCGCGACUAUCGCGUCCCAAACCCCAUUUGAGAAUUUGCCAUUGGAGAAGCACUUUGACGCAGUUUGUGUAAAGAAGGGUGUCAUUAGAAAGGAAUAUUUGGAUCAAAUAGAUCCCGUCUUCCCAUUAUUCGGACAAAUACACCGAGAGGCAUUGAUGAAGGCAACACUUUAUGAGAAGAACUCGAUCAAACCGAAUCGUUACAAGUACGUUUUUGUAUCGUCGCAAAAUAUUGAAGGGGUCAAACUGUUAUUACAGAGUGAGGAGAUUGUCGACUUUUUCUGUGGAGCCUUUAAACAAUACAAAGCAAGUGAUGAAGUUGUUGUUGACAUCUCGCAAAUGUUUUUGCUCUUCUUAUUUGAUAGCUUCACUACAAAUAACAAUGUGGCUAGUAAUGUCCAUCUCGCAGACAAAUUGAAUGACCUCGGCUGUGAGUUUGCUGGCCUCAGUGUUUGUGGCAUUUCUGAGUUUUUUGAUUAUGUGAAGGGACCCUUUUACGAGGGGUACAUGUCCGCCCUUGCAGUGAAGAGCAAAAACUCCGAAGAAGUUUCAGAAGAGAAAAUCCAAGAGACGAAAAUGAAGAACACUGCCAAGAACAUACGAAAACAUUUACUUGAAAAAAUGAAAAACAAACAGCGAACAUUUUCGGAACAAAUGAAAUACACCAAAGCUCACCCCAAAGAGCAACAACUUGUUCAACCCAUUACAGAAUGUAAAGAAGAGAAAAUUGAAGAAAAAAAUGAAGACGAGUGUGUCAUUUGUCAGUGUCAUAAAAAUUCCAUUACGGGACGAUUUAUUGAUAUAUUUCCCAAUGGUGCGGUCGAGUUAGAACGACUGAAAGAAGGUGGUCUUACCAGUUGUCAGAUUAAUGUGAACACGUGCAAACAUCGUGUGCACAAAGAGUGUUAUUUAGAAAUCUUGAAAGACAGAGACAGUUGCCCCGUCUGUUUAAAAAAGUUUGGGUACUUUCUCCCCGACUUAUUAGUUAUUGAAAAUGCGAAAGGAGAAGAAGAAAUCAAUGAAUUAUUGUUUUCACUCUCUCAACUGGAGUUUGAGGAGUGGACUCUAUAUGAAGGGAUUAUAUGGAUGAUCCAUUCGACGGUGUCUUCAUUAGAAUUAUGUACACGAUCAGGGAACUAUGUUAUAGAUGAAGAUGAUAAGUACAUAGUCAACACAUUGAUGGCACUUGGGAAGAAACUUGGGAAAUGCAAAGAUGGUGAAGACCUUCUUACUGUUGCCCAAGAACAUAUGCCCGAGAAAGACCCUUUCUUCUUAUACAUUUUGUUGAGAUGUAACAGUAUACCAACUUCCAAAGCCAUCGAAUGUGCCAAAAAAUGUGGAAAGGAGAUUUUAAAUAAGGAACUUGCUGAGAUUGAUACAACAACCGUCGAAUUGGACAUGAAGACCUUUUUAUAUGAGAACGGGAAGAAAGCGAUGCAGGUCUUUUUCGAUGUGACAAAUUUGUUGGAAGACAUCAUGAAGUCGGGGGUAUUUAACGAAAAUACAGGUGUUGAUGAGAAUGAAGAACCAAAUGUCGUUUGUUGCACCAAAUUUGGGGUGGGAAGUAAGCCGUUCACACUCGAAGAGAUCCCCGACAAUUACGAAGAUGUUGUUCUGAAGUAUUCAAAAGAGGUGUGCGAGGAGUGUCAGCGGAACAUAGGUGAUGUGUUAGAGAAACGUGUUUGUUUGAUUUGCGGGAAGAUUUUGUGUCCUGGAUGUUCGGUUGAUCACUUCCAGAAAUGUUCGAUGGGGUAUGGCAUCUAUUUUGAUAUCUCAAAGGGAAUGGUUUGUUUGAUGCAAGACGUUUCGGUGAGGGGAAUCGUUGUGUAUGAGAAUAAAUAUGGUGACAAGUUCAAGCCAGACAUAGUGCAAAUCGGACAGUUUAGUUUCGUGAGUAAGAACUAUGAAAUAUUUAUGAACGCACUCAGAAGAGGUUCCAUUUUCCAGGACGAAACAUUCGUCGAUUUAACUCCAAGAGUGUACCAAGACGAUGAAGGCGGAUCUUUAAGAAUUUACGAUAACAUGAAAAAGUACGAAGCGAUUUCCACUUCGCGGAGGUCCAAACUCGAGCACGAGUUUGACACCGAAUUUGAAAAUCUAUGCCACACGGUGACACAACAACAAGUGGUCUCAGACACAACAUCGUUCAACAAAAAAGCGGCUGAACUCCUCAUGAAAUUUCCAGAAAUCAAGCGGUAUGCUUUGGAAAAGGUGUUAACCUUCAGCAUGGAGAACUUGUCCGACGCAACGACAGACAAGUGGGUUGACGCAGUACUCAGGGCAUACCCACUCGACAAACAACUGACUUUGAAAAUCAUCGCGUUCUAUGAGGAGCGAGGGCAAUUUGAAGAAAUAGGCGAGUUGCUUGAUGCGUGUUUGCCACACUGCGACGACGAGAACAUCAUCACAAAGGCAAUCACGUGGUGGGAGAAGCUCGGCAAGUACAACAAAAUCAGAAGAAUGCUCGAGAACAAAGUCAAAGGGAAGUACACAUUCAAAAACAUUUCAAACAUCUGGAAACUGAUGUUUGAAGGAGCUACUUUUGAGAGUAGAAUCGGCGCGUGGUACUUUGGUAUCGAAGCGCUGAAAUUUGUGUCGCUCAAAAAAACGACAGGAACAGCAACCGCACCCUUGUACUACGAGUAUGCAAAUUUGAAUUAUAAGAUGAUGAACUAUGAGGAGGCAAAACUCAUUUGUAAAAUUGGGCUGAAAUACGCACCCAAGUACAUCCACCUUCUUGUCUUACUGAUUAGGUCAACUUGCCGAAUCUAUGACGAAAAGACAAAUAAGUCGAAGGAUCUCAAGGAAGCGCUCCAAAAGGAAGUGAGUGGUUAUAUAACGGAGUACGUCGGUGGACUAAGCAACGACGUUCAGUGGAAAGCUUACUUGGAAGCCGCGAUGAUCUCUUUUGACUACGAGUGGUGUGAAAUGGCAAACAAUUACCUUCAGAGGUGUUUGGAAUGCUCGACGCCGAACACAACCUGGAAGACAAAUGUGCUUGUUGCUCGACACGCAUUCACAAAAAACGUCGCGUUGUCUGCGCAGUUUUUGAAAAACACAGAGAAUCAAAUAAACGACAAACAGAGGGGGAUUCCGUUGAUGGAACGCGCUCAUAUAGCGGAGAUCAGCGGGAAGUUCAAAGAGGCGUGCGAAGUAGCGGAGAACAUCAUCGAAGUGAUUGACGACUGGAAGUACUCAAUCGAGGCGAUUAUGAUCUACGUCAGGUGUGGGAGAGUCGACGAUGCGUAUUCGCUGUGUUGUAAGAUAGUGAAGGAGUAUCCGUCGACGGGGAGAGUGUGGGGACUAUACGUCAUGUUGUCUGGCGAAAAAGGCGAUGCAGUGCAGAAAAAGGCGUUUGAGCUUGCGUUAAAAAAUGCCCCAAAGUCGGGGGAGGUCUGGUGCGAGGGUGCUCGAAUGGAAAUAAAGAAAGGUAACUUCUAUUUGGCGCUUGUCUUUUUACACUAUGCUAUGGUCUUUACACCACAAUACGGCGAUAUCUAUGUUGAAUUGAUUCGACUUGUCAUAUACACAAAGGACUAUUCGAUGGUCAAAACUAUUGUGACAAAGUGUGUCAAUGGACAGCCGAAUUAUGGCUUUCUCUGGACGUUUUAUCGAGGGGACGACAUAAACGCGAUUGUAAUUCUGAAAAACGUUCUGAAGAAUUUGAGAUGUUCAACACGAAGAGGAAUUGAAAUUUCUCCAGUGCAUGUGUAUGAAAAGUGUUCGCAAUACCCACACGAAGUCAGAGCCAGAAUGAUUCUUGGUUCUGAGCUUUUCAAGGCAUGA